AUGGUUUAUUCUUUAAAUUAUGCGACUUUGGUCAAAUAUGACAAUAAUGAAAAUGUUAUGGUUACGGUUAAUAAUCCAAUAUCAAUUCCAACAUCGGUCCACUUAAACCCCAAAGAUAAUUUAUCAAUCAUUCGUGCAGUACUACUAGAAAAGCAUAAAAUCAUUAGUAACAAAUUAUCAUUUUCCAAAUUUUCACAAAAUAAUAAUGUUAGAGUAUUGGAUGAGAAAGGGUCCAUUUUAGAUGAAGUUAUUGUGAAAAAUCAAGACGAUUAUAAUCUAUAUCUAAUGUAUUCAAAUACAUGGGAGUUUUUGAACUAUAAGCACAAACUAGAUUAUGGACGUACCAUGACUGAUGAUGGGAUUAAGACUGUUUAUACUAGAGGCUUCAUCAUGAAAUUUGGUGAAGUGUCUGAAUGUGGUGCUAAAGGUUGUGUAGAAGAUAGGGUUGAAAUCAGUUCAAUAGGAUCGUUGAAAAGGGAAUUAACCAAAUUAGGAAGCAGCUUGUCUUACAUUUAUACUAAUUAUGGCAAAAUAUCCUUGAAAAUUAAAGAUAUAAUCCCAACCGAUGAGUUAAUAAAUUAUGUUGAUGAAAAUACAAGAGAUUUAGAAAGGCCCGAUAACUUAUUUAAAAUUACUAAAAAAUUUGGUGAAUUCAUUCCAACCGAGGUGAUUCUAGGCGGAAGAACUUAUUUUGAAGAUUACAAAAAUUCAGCGGAUCAUUCUAAUGAAAGUUCAAAAGAUUUUAAUAUCAACGCCGCAAAUGCCCCCAAUGUCUUAGAUGCCGGAUUAACAGUUGAUCACACUAACAAAAAGGAAAAUUCAAAUCUUUAUCAAUCUAAUCGUAAAAGAUUCAUCGGGGGUAAACAACCUGAUAGCCUUACAAAUUUUGAAGAAAGUGCCUGGAUUAAAUCUUUGGAAGAUUAUAAAAAUUGGGAUUGCAUCGAAUUUCAAAGUCCCAUUAGUAUUUUCAAACAUUUACCUAGAGAUUUGCACCCAGAAAUUUAUAACUUACCGUUAAAUAUUUCAGAGAUUCUUGAUACUGAUGAAAAUGAUGAUUAUGACAUUUUUGCAUCAAUCAUUGAUACUGAUGAAUCAAAUGAACUCUUUCAUUGUCAUGUCUAUUGGCCAUCAAAUAAAUGA